AUGUCAGGAGACGGUCCUUGCAUCGGUAUUGAUCUCGGUACAACUUACAGCUGUGUAGGUGUUUGGCAGAACGACAGAGUUGAAAUCAUUGCCAAUGAUCAAGGCAACAGAACAACUCCUUCCUAUGUCGCCUUCACAGAAACAGAAAGACUUAUCGGCGAUGCCGCUAAGAAUCAAGUCGCAAGAAACCCAGAAAACACAGUUUUUGACGCUAAAAGACUUAUCGGAAGAAAGUUCCACGACACCAUUGUCCAACAAGACAUGAGACUUUGGCCAUUCAGAGUCGUCUGCGGCCCUGAUGAUAGGCCACAAAUCGUUGUCCAGUUCAAAGGUGAAUCCAAGCGAUUUUACGCUGAAGAAAUUUCUGCCAUGGUCUUACUCAAGAUGAAAGAGACUGCUGAAGCUUAUCUUGGCAGAACCAUCAAGAACGCUGUCGUCACAGUCCCAGCUUACUUCAACGACUCCCAAAGACAAGCUACCAAGGACGCAGGCACCAUUUCAGGCCUUGACGUCAAAAGAAUCAUCAACGAGCCAACUGCCUCUGCAAUUGCAUAUGGUCUUGACAAGAAAGGAGCAGGUGAAAUGAACGUCUUGAUUUUCGACUUAGGCGGUGGCACUUUUGAUGUGUCUUUACUUACUAUUGAAGACGGUAUUUUUGAAGUCAAAGCUACCUCAGGAAACACUCACUUGGGAGGAGAAGAUUUUGAUAACAGAAUGGUCGACUUCUGUGCAGCUGAUUUCAAGAAAAAGAACGGAAUUGAUAUCCAUGGUAACAACAGAGCCCUCAGAAGACUUAGGACUGCUUGUGAAAGAGCAAAAAGAACUUUGUCCUCAGCCACUCAAGCUUCAGUAGAAAUUGACUCUUUGGCAGAAGGCACUGAUUACUUUGCAACCAUUACAAGAGCCAAAUUUGAAGAGCUGAACAUGGACUACUUCAGAGGUUGCAUUGAGCCAGUCGAAAGAGUGCUUAAAGACUCAGGUUUGGCUAAGAAUCAAAUCCACGAAGUCGUGCUUGUAGGAGGCUCCACCAGAAUUCCAAAAGUCCAACAGCUGAUUCAAGAAUUCUUCAACGGAAAAGAGCCAUGCAGAAGCAUCAAUCCUGACGAAGCAGUCGCCUACGGAGCUGCAGUCCAAGGAGCUAUUCUCUCUGGAGACUCAUCCAGCCAAGUCCAAGACUUAUUGCUGCUUGAUGUCACCCCUCUUUCCCUCGGAAUUGAAACUGCCGGCGGUGUUAUGACUGUUUUGAUCCCUAGAAACUCAACCAUCCCAACCAAGAAAACCCAAAUUUUCACCACCUAUGCUGACAACCAGCCUGGUGUCUGCAUCCAAGUCUUCGAAGGUGAAAGAUCUAUGACAAGAGACAACCACUUAUUAGGCAAAUUCAAUUUAGAAGGAAUCCCACCAGCGCCUCGUGGAGUCCCACAAAUUGAAGUUACCUUUGACAUCGAUGCCAACAGUAUCUUAAACGUCACUGCCCAAGACAAAGGAACUGGCAAAGCUAGCAAAAUCACAAUCACCAACGACAAAGGCAGACUUACCAAGGACGACAUUGAAAGAAUGGUCGCUGAGUCUGAAAGAUUCAAGCAGGAAGACGAACUGCUUAAGAAAAAAGUUGAAGCUCGUAACGGGCUUGAAAGCUACACAUACAACUUAAAGAACACUCUUAAUGACGAAAAAUUAAAAGACAAGAUUGAAGCUGCUGACAAGACAGCUUUGGACACUAAAAUUGAUGAAAUCCAAAGAUGGCUUGAGUCAAAUCCAAAUGCAGAAACUGAACAGUAUGAGGCUAAACAAAAGGAAAUUGAAGCAGUCUGCAACCCAAUCAUGACCAAGAUUUAUCAAGCUGCAGGAGCUGCUGGAGGAAUGCCUGGAGGAAUGCCUGGAGGGAUGCCUGGCGGUAUGCCUGGAGGAUUCCCAGGUGGCGGAUUCCCAGGUGGAUUCCCUGGUGGAGCUGGUGGAGAGACUGGAGGACAACCUAAAGGACCAAAUGUUGAAGAAGUCGAUUAA